CCCAGCGAUGGGAAAGCGUGUGGAAAAGCGACAGGAAAAAAUGGGGAGAUAUGGAUUGAUUCGCGGCCUGCUAUUGGCCAUCGUCCUUAUACUUUCUGCGUCGGCGCAAACAGUGACGUCAUCGCCGGUGCCGAAGGACGACGCUUUGGGGGAUGCUGCGUUGCCAUCGCAAACAGCAGCCAAAAUCCUUGAAGACGUCCAAACCAUCAGCGCAGUUCAGGAUUGGAGUUUGCUGUGUCAAGAGCUCUGCGGAGCUGGCCUGGGCGUUGCCUCAACGCCUGAUGGGGCCAAAAACCCAAUCCUGAGACCGGAGUUUGAUGUGGCCAAGUGCCGGCAACUGUGUGGACUGCCUAGGGGUGUUGUGGGCGACUUGGUCUGCUCGAGCUUCUGCGAGCAGCGAGAUCGCCCCCUGCCCGGUUGCAGUCCCUGCCAGCAGGAGGAGCGCAGGAGGCAGGAGGAGGGCGUCCGGGUGGAGGGGACACCGGAGGAGACGGCCAGUGGAGUGCAGGGCGGUCCAGCACACGGUCCCAGUUCCGAGACGAACAUCUUACGGAGAACGGUCGACGCAGCUUCCGUACCUCCUGUAGUAGCCGGGUUAGAUACGGACGCCACCACUCUGGCUCCGGACUGGAACGAAGUGUGCAAGGUGCUCUGCAAGACUGGCGAUGGCGGGUCUUUGUGCAACUGUGAUUUAUCGCCGUUCUUCAGCUGAGCGGUCCCCACCUUCCUGAGGGGAUCGCUCCCGAUGGAGGCGCUAAAUCACAAACCCAUUAUAUAUAGAUCGAGAAUUAUAUGACGUUUUGUUGUUCUUUGUUUUUGGACUUCAGUUUAGUGCUAGUGUUGUCUUUAUAAUGGUAUCCCAUAUGAAAAUGGUGUUCCAAAUAACCGAUAUCGAAAAUCUUGUUGAAAAAAAGUUUAGUUCAAUACUGUAAGGAUAAGCAAGAAAACUAUAGGAAAAUCAAAAAAAAAAUCAUAAAGAGAAGAAUAUAUGAGGAGGAGGAGAGAAGCAAAAAUUCCCUAUGCGAAUCAAUUAAUUUGUAACUAAUUUCAAUUUAAAGUAACUGUAGAAAAGUAAGCGAAGGGCGGGGGUGAACCCCUCCCCCUCGAAAACAGCAGAAUCACACAGGGCUUCCAGUGCGCCGCCUCGGAGGAUGAGGAUCCUCAGCCAAAGGGGAUCCGAACUCAUCCGUGGGGGUCACAACCCAUAUUUAAGUGAUUAGUCAAGGAGUUGGACUAAGGAGACAUAUGAAAUGAAAUCAACAACCAACUAAUAUCAAUGUACACAACAUAUCGUGGUAUACACUACCCAAAACCCACUCAUUUAUUUAUUUGCAUUAACAUUAAAUCCAUGGUUCGAUGGAAUCAGCAUAUCAAUUUAACACCAUGAGGCAAAAACAAGUUGGUAUCCAAAGAAUUUCCUUUGUUUUGGCUUACAAGUUAUUGAUGAAACAAACGCGUUGAGAUAUUAAAAUCAGCAUCAAUUAUGAGAGUCGCAAUUAGGCCACAAUUAGCCAACCAAGAGUUUAGUGUUGGUUACGGCCCAUAAACACAUACAAUUAUACAUGUACUAACUAACGAAAAUGUAAUUGGUCUAUAUAUAUCCACACAAUGAGUUGCGAUUGCAAAUCAGAAACUCAGACGGGCUAAACUGGAUCUACCAGACCCGUAUAAUUUAUAUAUGGUAUAUACAUAUAACAACUGUAAACCUUAGUUAUCAUAAUAUCUAGGUGUCAUAUUGUUCAGCAUAAAUAAUCGCAUAUGAGGUAUUAUAUGCAUAUUAUCUGUGUGUUUGGAAGACAUUUUUUCGCAUUGUAUGAAAUGGAAGACAAUUUCAGCAAAACGCAUUCUGGAAGACAUGCGUUGCGGCAGCGGCAACAAGAUCGGCCAUCUGCCAUUAGUCUCUAAGAUUUUCUAUUAUAUAAUAAUACCAUUUUCGAACUCGAAGAUAUAGUCAAUACAAAAGCACACGUUGUUGUGACAAACGCGACGCUGUGACUGACAAUAAUUAACUAUAACUUAGGAGGAGAACAGCAGGCAAGGAAGUUCACAUACUCAGUGUCUAUAUACCAGUACUAUUGAUAAUAUUAACCGCGCACUUAUCAAAAUAUAUUAAAAACAAAUAUGUAUUGCACCAAAGUUAUUACAGAGAAUAUCGCAAUGUUUAAGGCAAUUUUCAGAGCACAUUCAUUGAUAACCUAAUGCGGCUUCAGUAUGUAUAUCGAUGUGUAGCAAGUUAAUCACUCAGUAAUAAAAUAUACGAAAUGCACUUUACAUUUAUGUAUAUGUAUAUGUGUUAGGCGUUGCGUUUCUGCCAUGAAUACAACGGCUAACGAACCGAUCAGACGGAUUAUGCCGGAAUAAUAUCCAUAAUAUUUAUAACCAACAGACACAUCAUCAUCAAUUACGAAAACCGAGUCGAAAACCGUUUCGAACCGAUAAUACCGUUUCGCAGUUUCGUUUUUUUAGUUUUGUUCUAUGGCCGGGCAAUAUCGUAGCCGGUAAUGUCCGAUGUCAUAGUCAAAAUAACACAAACAAAUAAUAGUUUUAAAGGCAAUUUCACAACAAAUAACCAAGCAAACAACUACACAACCAAAUAAAGGCAUUAUUAUAUUAUAUACGUUAAAUGUUGUAAAGCCCCUCUUAACAAAAAAAAGA